AUGUUCCAAAUACCAAGAUACGAAAUUGAACAAGAUCCGUUGCAAGAUACUUCUAUUGUGAGCACUGAGAGAUUAUCAAAGAUCAAUGAACGCAUUCAACUCAAAAGAAAACGAUCCAUAAAAAAAAGUAAUCAAAUAAAAAAAGGGAUAAGUAAUCAAGUGCAGAAAGUUGAUGAAGACCAAGAAAGUUGUUCGAUAAAGAAAGAGAUAAGUAAUCAAGUGCAGAAAGUUGAAGAAGAUCAAGAAAGUUGCUCAAUAAAGAAAAAGAUAAAUGAAAAGGAUGGCUCUUCUCAAAAGCUUGAUUCCACUGAAGAAAUAUCAAAAAAUACAACACAUGAUAAUUUAUCUUCGCAACGACCAGAAAAAAUUACCGAAAAAUUUCCAGCAUUGCAAGCGUUUCCAACAUUCAAUAGGCCGAAGCAAACACCACAAGAAACUGCAGCCGUUAAAUUGUUGGGUAUACCAGAUUGGUUGGCUAAUCCAACCAUUGUCGAUCCAGACUUAACAAAAACAAUUGAUCAUCCAUCCAUUGGGUUAUCUGAGAGAAUGAUUAAACGUUGUAAAACACUUGGGAUUCAAGAGUGCUUUGCAGUACAAACUGCAGUUAUCCCACUGCUUAUACGCUUUCGGAAUCUAUCAGAUACUCAUAAAUCACCUGGUGAUAUUUGCGUAUCUGCACCGACAGGAAGUGGUAAAACUCUUGCAUAUGUGCUACCAAUAAUUGAUAUUCUCUCAAAACGCAUUGUAACUCGCUUAAGAGCUCUCGUUAUUCUUCCCACAAGAGAUUUGGUAGUUCAAGUUAAAGAGGCUUUCGAUGCUUUUUGUAAAGGCACGAGUUUAAAGGUUGGAAUGGUUACAGGUCAACAAUCAUUCAUUCAUGAACAAGAACAAAUAGUUGGUGAUUUACAAGGCCAUAAAGUGGACAUAUUAAUUGCCACACCUGGUCGAUUGAUUGAACAUCUCUCGACGACUCCAAAUUUUACGCUGCAACAUUUACGAUUUUUGGUUAUAGAUGAAGCUGAUCGCUUACUUAAUCAAAGCUAUCAAGAUUGGUUGUCGCAUAUACUUAAGUCCACCCAACUCCAACAAACUUCCACAAAUAUAAAUGAAAAAGAAUCGGUGGGAAUUAAAUUUGAUUCCUUUGGUGUACCUAUUAACGAUGCCGUCUCUUCCGUAAUGAUGGAAUCAUUAUUACGCAUUCCGAAAGUUGACAUUUCAGAAUCUAAAACAUCAGCG